GGAGAAAGAGUUGUAUUUGGAAGCCAGAAGAAUGAAACAUUCGAUCGGUCUUACCUACGUUGUCUUAACUUUACUUAUCAGUUAUGUGCUCGGGAUAAAUGGUAAACAAGAACGGGCAAUACAUGAUCUAAAGCUCUCAGAUCGGGAUACAGGCUCCGACGAAUCCUCUGUCGAUGAUGGAGACGAAUUAAACAUGGACAAGCGUUGGGGCAAAGCAGGACGGUUUAGAACAUUUGAUUCUCUUGCUAGUGGACUUGUAUCAAAGCGUUUUGGUGACGGCAGAAAUUUUGAUUCUCUCGCAAGUGGUUUGGUCGGAAAGCGUUUCGGUGACGGGCGGAAUUUCGACGUGCUGGCAAGUGGCCUGGUAGGCAAGCGAUUUGGCGACGGACGGAACUUUGACUCGCUGGCAAGCGGGCUGGUAGGCAAGCGAUUUGGCGACGGACGGAACUUUGACUCGCUGGCAAGCGGGCUGGUAGGCAAGCGAUUUGGCGACGGACGGAACUUUGACUCGCUGGCAAGCGGGCUGGUAGGCAAGCGAUUUGGCGACGGACGGAACUUUGAUUCGCUGGCAAGCGGGCUGGUAGGCAAGCGUUUUGGCGACGGACGGAACUUUGACUCGCUGGCAAGCGGGCUGGUAGGCAAGCGAUUUGGCGACGGACGAAACUUUGACUCGCUGGCAAGUGGGCUGGUAAGCAAACGAUUUGGCGACGGACGGAAUUUUGAUAUGCUGGCGAGUGGACUGGUAAAUAAACGAUUCGGCGACGGACGGAAUUUCGACGUGCUGGCCAGUGGAUUAGUUGGUAAACGUGAUGACGGAAGGUAUUUCGACUCUCUUGCAAGUGGAAUUGUCGGUAAAAGGUAUUACAGUGCUUUUGUUGAUCCGGUUGGCAAUAGUCGUUUUGGGAAACGGCACCCCUUUGACUCUCUUGCAAGUAACCUUAUCAAGCGGUUUGACGGGAAAAACUUACAUGCAUCAGAUGGCAGUCUACUUGGAACAAAGUGGAAUGGGCAAGGAUACGGACGUCUGGACAGUCCUCCCUCAUCUAAACAAGAAGAUGAAACGGACGGUAGUACAGAAGGUGAAUCAGACAUCGAAUUUCCCCAGAAGCGCGGAUACUUUUACCCAUCUUGGAGAUCUCGUUACUUUAAAAGGCGUCCUUUCGACUCGCUGGCUAGUACACUCAUUCGUAGAUGAGGGCCCAGGAUAUACAUGUGUAAACACUUAGUGCUUUUAACCAUACUAAAAUGUAUAUUUUCUGUUGGUUUAUUCGUGAAAUAUUUAAGGCUACAUUCGCAAACACAAUUUUACAAUUAAGCAUGUGAUCAAAUGGUUUGAAAAGUAUCUAGUAACAAACAAACACGGUUUGUUCACUGAAUUUUAUUUGCUAUAAUAAAUAUUUCAAUUCAUUCCGCUCACGACUAAAGACAAAACGAAUGUACUUCCGAAAUGUGAUUUUAUUUCAAAGUAUGUUGGGAACA